AAUGGUUUUCCAGGAUUCUACUAGGAAGGAGGACUUUCUCACUCUUCUGCACUUGAAGGACAGAACAAGGGCGUCGGUAGGUGAUAGCAGCAGAAGUGUGAUCCAUAGCUCAAGUACCGCCAUGGCUGCGCUGUCGGGAGGAGAGAUGUGCAUCAAAUACCUGAUGUUUGCCUUCAACUUGGUAUUCUGGCUUGCAGGCACUGCUGUCUUUGCUAUAGGCCUGUGGCUAAGAUUAGACCCAAAGACCAAAGGCCUGUUUGAAGGAACAGACUCUCCAUAUGUGUUUUCGACAGGUGUAUAUAUCCUGAUAGGAGCUGGAGCGCUGAUGAUGGUGGUGGGUUUUCUAGGAUGUUGUGGGGCCAUUCAGGAGUCUCCCUGUAUGCUGGGACUGUUUUUCUUUUUCCUGCUCAUCAUAUUUGCCAUUGAGGUCGCAGCUGGAAUCUGGGUUUUUUCCAACCAAAGCAAGGUGGUGAAUGACAUCACAACAUUCUACUUGGAGACGUACAAUAACUUCAAGACGACAGGAGACGAGCGGCUGAAAGAGACACUGCGGAUGAUUCAAAUCGGGCUGAACUGUUGCGGACCAACUGGUACUGUAAUAGAUACUGCCAAAGACACAUGUCCUCAGGGAGAGCCACUCGAGGUGCUCAUUACAAAGAGUUGUCCUGACGCCAUUGAUGAGGUGUUCGACUCCAAGCUACACAUCAUAGGAGGAGUGGGCAUUACCAUCGGCGUCGUUAUGAUGUUUGGGAUGAUCUUUAGCAUGCUCCUGUGCUGCGCCAUCAGGAAGUCUCGGGAGGUGGUGUGACACCCACCUUCUUACCCCGAAGUCCUUGUUAAUGUUGCAUGAUGUCAUUCCUAGAGUCACAUGACUCCCCACUGCCAACAGAAACACUGCUUGUUCAAGGGGGAUAACCUAAGCCAGGCUGGGUGUAGAUAUUUCUGAUUAUUACAUUUAACGUCAGUUAUAACUGUGCUGCUGACACUUAGGCCCACCUUCCUGGACUAUAUAGAUGCAAUGUGGUUAUUUGGCCCAACUAUAGAAUGGGUGUCAUCUGUGCUUCAGUGGCAAUGUAGUACAGAAAUGUGUAAUUUUGUGGUCAUUUGAUUGAAAUUAGUGUUUGUGAACUGCUAAUUAUCUAAACAAAAGAUCAUAUUAUUGUAUACUGAUCACAUUUCUCACCUGGAGUCACCCACUGGCUAGAGGGGUCAUGGACCAGGGCAAUAAAAAAAGGCAACCACAACCACUUCAGCACAAUACAGCAGUAGCCAAUGAAAUUCUGUAUAACUCCUUGUUCUUGCAACACCGAAGUCAAGCCAUGGUGAUUAGUAGCCAAUUGAAUGCCGAGCUGUGAACUGUGCGGACUAUGGUUUGUUCCAGUUUGGUAUUAGAGUAGCAUUUUAGUUCCUCCAUUGUGACAUUUCAUUUGUUCCUUUCCUUUCUUUCUCCAGGUCCUAACCUGCCCUUUCUAAAAAUGCCUUUUAACUUUUUGUCACGUUUUAUAAAUGUCUUUUUUUGUUUUUGUAAACGGUUUAUACACUUAGGUGGUUGUAUGGUACAUGCGGUUUGAUGAUGUAUUUUAUAAUUUUUAUUUUCCAGAGAUUAGGCUGAUUUAUAACAUAUGCACUAUGUUUUACAGAGACAAAAAAUAAUGAGAGCCAAAUAAACCAAACUAACUAA